AUGCAGCCUCAACAACUGUUCAGACAGCAAAAGGCAUUGACAAUGGACCCAACUCCAAGAAGAAAAUACAGAGGAGUGAGGCAGAGGCCGUGGGGGAAAUGGGCGGCCGAGAUAAGAGACCCGCUGAAGGCCUCGAGGGUGUGGCUUGGCACGUUCGACACGGCCGAGGCGGCGGCUCGGGCUUAUGACCAGGCUGCCCUACGGAUCAAACGCAACAAGGCUAAGCUCAACUUCCCCGAGAACGUCCGGCUCCCGCCACAACCGCCUCCCACAGCCUCUGCGGCUGAUCCUGCACCGACCUGCCUCGCCGUUCCUGACGAGUUGCCCGCUUCUGGCAAUUCCAACGCCGCUAACUGCGACGGGCAGACUCCUCGAUCUUCUUCUUCUUCAAGAACGAGGGCAGAGACGAGCCUCGAGUCUGUAUGA